AUGCGUGACCUCGAAACCUCGCCCUUGCUAUCAGCCAGGUCGUCCACUGACGAGUCGACCACCGCAGGUGAGCGACAGUUACGGGAUGCCGCUAUUGAGCGCAAGAUCGAGAACGAUGUCCUCCCUGAGACAGCCACUUCUGGUCGCAAUAUCGGCUGGGCAAGCGCGUAUGUGCUUGUGAUCUCAAGAGUGAUCGGGAGUGGUAUAUUUGCGAUGCCAGGCACGAUUGUUCAGAAUGUCGGCAGCCCUGGCCUCGCAUUGGCCCUCUGGAUCGUAGGGGCGUUGGUGGCAUGGGCAGGCCUGGCCAUUGACAUGGAAUAUGGAUGCAUGCUGCCUCGAUCUGGCGGUGUCAAGGUGUACCUGGAAUACACGUACCGGAAGCCGCGGUUCCUGACGUCGACCCUUGUCGCUGUGCAAGCUGUUCUCCUGGGCUUCACGGCCAGCAACUGCAUCGUGUUCGCAAAGUACGUCCUGUUUGCCACCGGAGUCGAGCCGGGAGAUCUGAACACAAAGCUACUUGCAGUCGGCCUUUUGACAUGGAUCACUAUCGUGCAUGGGUGCUUCUACAAGACUGGCAUAUGGAUACAAAAUGUCCUCGGUUGGGUCAAGAUAGGUUUGAUCGUCUUCAUGAUCCUGACGGGUCUGUUUGUCAUCAUCUUUCGACCAGAGACAUCUCCGACUGACCCCUCGGCCAUUACUACGGCCACCAGCUGGGAUGACCUCUGGUCAGGCUCAGUAUGGGACUUUAACACUCUGUCUACCGCCUGCUUCAAAAUCUUGUACUCGUACGCCGGGCUCAGCAAUGUCAACAAUGUUCUUAACGAGGUCAAGAACCCUGUUCGGACUCUGAAGACAGUAGGCCCGGUUGCUCUACUGACCGCCUGUAUCAUGUACAUCUUGGUCAACAUCGCCUAUCUCGCUGUCGUACCUCUGGAGGAGGUGAAGCGCAGCAGAGAGCUGAUCGCCGCCUUGUUCUUCGAGCGGGUAUUUGGAGCUGGCUUUGGCAACAAGUUCUUGCCGAUAGGUAUCGCAUUGAGUGCGGCCGGUAAUGUCAUGGUGGUGACAUUCAGUUUGGCCCGGGUCAACCAGGAAGUUGCGCGGCAGGGGUUUUUGCCUUAUCCUGAAGUUCUUGCUUCGUCGAAACCGUUCGGCUCGCCAAUGGGAGGCCUCAUAGUGCACUACAUACCAUCAGUCCUGGUCAUUGCACUCCCCCCCUCUGCCACGGUAUACUCUUUCAUCGCCGACGUCGAGGGAUAUGCAGGCCAAUUUUUUGCGUUUGCCGUGGCAUCAGGCCUGAUCCUUUUGCGACACCAGAAACCUGAUUUGCUGCGACCGUUCAAGGCAUGGCUGCCGGCCGUCUGGCUCCGGAUCCUGCUCAGCGUGUCGCUGAUCGUAGCACCACUCUUCCCUCCAAAAGGCGGUUCAUCCGAUGUCAAUUUCUUCUACGCGACUUAUGCGUUGGUGGGUCUUGCUGUCUUGUUCUUUGGCAUCGCGUAUUGGUUUGUCUGGACUAUUGCGUUACCCCGGUACAAGGGCUACGUGCUCGAGGAAGAAGCCGAUGUCCUCGGUGACGGUACGACAAUCACGAAGCUGACACGCAAGGAAUUAUAA